AUGACCAUUAUUCAGGAUCAAGAAACCGGAAAUUGGUGGUUGAUGGAUGAUGAUGAUUACAAAUAUGGAUACUGGCCGAAGGAGAUAUUCACUCAUUUAGCUACUGGAGCAUCUUAUCUUCGAUAUGGUGGAGCAACAUUUUCGCCUUCUAAUAUACAAACUCCAGUACCAAUGGGGAAUGGUAAUAUUCCUGACUUCAAAGCCGAUGAAGCGGGUACUUUUACAUUUGUUCAAUUUGUGAACGCGGAUUACCAAAUUGUUGACGUUAAUAUCAAAAUGGAGGAGGAUUUCUUUGAUGGCCAGGAUCCAAAUUGUUACGGUGUUGUAGAUUGGAAUGAUGGCCAGGAUCCAAAUACAACCGGGCAUGCCUUCACCUAUGGGGGUCCUGGUGGGCCAUGUCCUUAA